AUGCUAGAUAUCUUCCUUGCGCUGUUGAUGGCCUCUGAAGACACUCAGUUGUUUGAAGACAAACUCGCGCUUAUACGAUGCGUUCCUCAGCUGAAAAAACUUCGUCGGACAGGCGAACUAUCUGACCUAACUAUACAGCUACAACACGGCGUCAGAAUAAGUGUACACCGGGUGGUUUUGGUCUCCAGAGUACCCGCGCUGCAUGACUCUGUGUGUGGAACGCUUAAGGACGACCAGGCUGUCCUCCAGUGGCCACUAGUUUCGUCUGAAGUCGCUGGAUCCCUACUAGACUAUAUUUAUACGGGCCAACUGGAAGUCCGUGAAACAAAUGUGGUUGGUCUGAUGGUGUUGUCGCAACAACUAUUACUGCCUCAUUUGGAAGACUGGUUAGUGAGUUUUAUGGCCGCCAGACUUAACCCGGAAAAUAUAGCAACUUGCUGGGACCUUGCACAAUUACGGAAUAACAACCAGUUAAAGGACACCUGCCUACAACACAUCAAGAGGACCUUUGAAGCCACCGUCGCAACGGAUUUCUUCGUCAAUCUGCCAUCGGACGCUGCUCUAUCCCUAUUGCAGGCAGAUGAUCUUCUAGUGCACAAUGAAGAAAGCGUUUUCGAAGCAAUUAAGCGUUGGGUCAGUCCGCUCGGCGAAGUUGACGAAACGCGGCUGGUACAUGCGGAGGCAAUGAUGAGAGAAGUGCGAUGGGACCAAGUGGACUCUGACUUCAGAUGCAGACUAUUUAUUGAUGAAGGCUUUUGGAAUAAAAGUCUGGAGUGCCUACAACUGCUAGAUCAUAUAGCCGGAUGGAUCGAGAGUUCAUCCUCGAGAGAAGAUAUCAAAUGUCCAUUUAAUGCGGAACGCAGAAGACCAUUCAGUACCAUUUACUUCAUUGGUCAGCGGGCGUGGACCACGGAGUUUUCGUUGUUUCGGUAUGAUACUAUAGCAGGCACCGCGAAGCAGUUAACCACAGCACACGGUGGGAAAAUUGUAGCCGUUGAGGGUAAGUCUUAG